AGUGGCUGUGCCACUCCUCUGCUACUAGACUGUUGGCCCGGCCGGAGCUCCGGCAAAAGGAAUGGCCUUGCUGCACCCCGCCCCUGCUACUCCCCUCCCCACCGGCCAUCACCGCCAGAACGCCGGCGUGCUCCUCCAGCGGCCAUCCCGCCGCCGUUUCCGGCUGAACGCGCAGAAAAAGCCCGGGUCCACGUCCACGAGCCCGCGCACCGGCACGCCCUCCGGCUCGGAGUCGGACAACGUGGUGCUCAAGGCCGCCUGGUACGGCUCCGAGGCCCUCGGCAUCGCCGCGUCCUUCUUCCGGCCGCCGUCUCCGGAGGCGGACGCCGGCGCUGCAGGCGACGGCGCGUCGGAGUCCCAGCCGGUUGGCCGCGCGCAGGUCGCCGAGGCCAUCAAGGACGACUUCGCACGGUCAUACUUCGUCACAGGGAACCUGACGCUGGGAGCGUACGAAGACGACUGCGAGUUCGCCGACCCGGCGGGCUCAUUCAGAGGCCUGCAGCGCUUCAAGAGGAACUGCACCAACUUCGGGUCCCUGCUGGAGAAGUCCAACAUGAAGCUAACCAAAUGGGAGGAUGUCGAGGAGAAAUCGAUCGGGCACUGGCGUUUCAGCUGCGUCAUGUCGUUCCCGUGGAGGCCCAUUCUCUCCGCAACCGGGUACACGGAGUACUACUUCGAUGCUGAGUCGGGGAAGGUGUGCAGGCAUGUGGAGAACUGGAACGUCCCCAAGAUGGCGCUCCUGCGGCAGAUAUUCAGGCCCAGCAGAUGGGCAUGGGAGAAAGAGAAACGGUAAAACUUGAGCAAAAAUCCGUCCACCUAUGCUCAGGCACCGUUGAUGUGCGGAAGGGGCGUGCUUCCUUUUUUUUUACCUCAAAAAAGACCUUUUUAUUUAAUAGAUAAUAAUGUUACAUCAUUCAUCAUAAGAGGUACAAUAGAGGGGGAAGGAUCAUCCAUCCAGACCCUACUGGUCUGGAAUUUAGUUAACUGGGCCAGUUCAUGAGCUACAGAAUUUGUUUCCCUA